AUGAAUACCGACACAGUAGAACUAGCUCGGGAAUAUGAUUUGAUAAGUUCCGUUUAUUUUCAGAAUCGAGUACGAGAUGAAGCUUUGAAAUGGAUCGAUUUCGAUGAAAACGACGACGUGCUCGAUGUUGGAUGUGGUCCCGGAAGGUUAUGUAAAAUGUUGUCUCCUCUCGUAAAGUCGGUUACUGGUUUAGACAUUUCGCCUGGCAUGAUAGAAUACGCAAAGAUGGAAAACUCGGAACCCAAUAUACGAUUCUUUCAAGAAGACGCGCAGACGUUUGGUCCUCUCCUUACGGACUGGUGGGAAAGGUUCAACAAAAUCCUGAGUAUGACAGCUCUUCAUUGGUGCUUCGACAAGGAGAAUGUACUGAGGAAUGUCUUCCAGUGCCUUAAACCUGGUGGUUUAUUCCUCCUUGACUUCGAGACGCACUGGCACAUACAUGGGGAAGGGAGUAGAUACGGUGAAACCUGCGAAGUAUGGCUUCAGAAGCAUCACAGAUGGGGAAAAUAUCUGGAGAACUGCGACAAUUCAGUUUUUCCGGUGGAAAGUACUGACUCCUUUCUCAACCUGAUGAGAUCAGUAGGAUUCUCUAUUAUAAAAUCAGAGGUAAAGGAAUCACCCUGGGUUCAAUGGAAAGAACAUGAAAUUAAAAGUCAAUUAAGGUGCUUCUUUUACCGGAUAAAGUACAUCCCUGUGGAACACCAAAAUGACUUCAUCGAUGACGUGUACAAAUGGUUGUGUGACGUCACCCCAAAGAGGUCUGGUAAUGUUUACCAAGGUGCAGCGGGGAGGAUUGAACACAUGACCAUAAUAGCUACCAAAGAAUGA